AUGCCGAACACCGUAUAUGUCAUUACUGGAACCAACAAAGGCAUCGGCCUUGGCCUAGUGAAGACCUUGUUAGCGAGACCAUCUACAACAGUUGUUGCCUCCGUUAGGAAUGAUAAAGCUGCUUCUUCACUGAAGUCCAGCGUCCGAGAUGUAAACAAGGGUAACGGCAGCGAGCUUUUUGUCAUGUUGCUUGACUUCAACAUCGCCCCUGAUAGCACUGCCGUCCGCAAAGCCUUCGAUACGGCGACUGGCGGCGCCGUCACCCGAAUCGAUGUUCUCAUUAGCAACGCCGCCGUAUCUGCCACAGCAUCGCGCUCAGUCUUGACCACCGCCGAGGAACUAAGGAGUGCAUUCGAAAUCAACACCAUCGCACCCUUGAUGGUGUUUCAAGGUCUCUGGCCGCUCCUGGAAAGACCGCAGGAAGCAGACGGCCGCCCUGCGAAGUUCAUCGGAAUCACGUCAUCGCUUGGAUCCAUCGAAGAACAAGAGCCUCUUCCUGCUGGCGCUUAUGGUCCCAGUAAGGCUGCGCUUAACUGGUUGGUCAAAUCGUUGCAUAUACAACAUCCAGACUUGGUAAGCGUGGCUGUCCACCCCGGAUUUGUUCGAACGUCUAUGGGUGAAGAUGCCGCGAAGCAGUGGAACUUUGAUCUCAAUCGACUUGACACGAUUGAAAGCUCUGUUACUGGCGUUCUCGAGGUCAUCGACGGAGCGAGCCGUGAGUCCACGUCCGGAAAAUUGGUAACACAGACUGGCCAAUUAAUUGCAUGGUGA